CCGCCUUGUGCAACUUGCUGUUCUGAAUUUGUAAAUAUUUGAGUCAAUCUACAGGAAAACGUUUACUGCUUCCAUUCUGACUUGCGUCUUUGCAUUCAAAUGGUUUAAUUGCACCCAUGAUCAAGUAUAUUGUUAUGGGCUUGCGUGGAUUUUUUGUGCUAGCGGCAAAGAUUUGGAGUUUCAUAUGCUACUGUUUCAAACGUCAAAUUCGAUCGACCAUUCAGCACCAGACUGUGAAGUAUGAAGUUAUACCACUCUCACCACUGUCUAAACACAGGCUUAGUAUGUUACGACGGAAAACUCUAGUCCUUGAUUUAGAUGAAACCUUGAUACACUCGCACCACGACGGUGUAAUACGACAGACUGUCAAACCAGGGACGCCCCCUGAUUUUGUACUAAAGGUGAUGAUAGAUAGACACCCAGUCAGAUUUUUUGUCCAUAAAAGACCUCAUGUAGAUUAUUUUCUAGAAGUUGUGAGCCAAUGGUAUGAGCUUGUAGUAUUCACUGCUAGCAUGGAGAUUUACGGCGCUGCUGUCGCUGAUCGCCUUGAUAACAGUCGAGGAAUUCUUAAAAGGCGUUACUAUAGGCAGCAUUGCAACCUAGAUGCAGGCAGUUACACCAAAGAUCUCUCUGCCAUUAACCGCGAUCUUUCCAGUAUAUUUAUCCUUGACAAUUCUCCAGUCGCAUAUAGGUCAUAUCCUGAUAAUGCCAUACCAAUAACCUCAUGGUUCAGUGAAGCGACGGACACUGCAUUGUUGUGCUUGUUGCCGCUGCUGGACGCUCUCCGCUUCUGUAACGAUGUACGAUCGGUACUCAGCAGAAACCUGCACAAGUCGAUAGAUCCCGUCACGAAAAACAAAUAUUAUCUGCCUUUCAAACCAUAGGAGUCAACUAUGUAUUUGUGUGAUCAUCAAAUUCUUCAUUGGAGUCACCCCCUACAUUUAGGACAAUAAAUAUUUGUAGUUAUUUUUUUUUCCUUUUAUAUAAAUAAAUUACAUGUCAUAUAUUUGUCAAAUGGUUUUUGAAUGUUGACGGUUACUAGUGAGUUUAUCAUAGGUGUGUGUUUUGGAAAAAACGUAAGACAAAAAGUGCUGUAUUCUGAAAAAUAUCCUAUUGCAAAAUAGAAGCAACAUUAUUUUUUAUGAUUCAAUUGUAUGCGAGUGAUUUAGGGUAAGAAUAUGACCAUCGUUUUCAAUUUAAACCAAAAAGAUGGUUAAAUGAUAGCUGUGUUGUUUUUUGGUUAAUUUUACUGCUGAAUAUGGACUGCCUUCCCUCUUAAUAAUAUGUCCAAUUCUCCUACAAAAAUCAUUCUUCUGAAUUAUUAAAAUAUAAAAAAUCCUGCUUAGUACAUUUCUGGAAAAUAAGGGGUCAGGUUGUGAGGAAGAAGGCAUUAUUAAAUACAUUUAGCAAAAUUAGAAAAUUAUAUCAUUUAUAACUGUCAGAAAUAACCAUGCUCAAUUUUCCCUAAUUUCGGCACAAUUAUUUCCCACUUGAAAGGUGAAGGCAGUAAUUAAUUUCAAAAAUCACUGAAUGACUAGUAUUUUGUGAAUGAUAUCAAUGGCAGUAAAAAAACAAGAUAGCCUUAAAGCUGCACUCUCACAGAUCAACUGUUGUGACAAGUAUUUAUUUUUUUGUCUUGGAAUGAGACAAAUUUUGCAUAAAUGCCUGAAACCGCUGACAAAAGACUGCUGACAAAAGAUCAGAUCGAAGUUUCUUAUAUUUACAUUUGCAAAUUGAGUAAGGAACGCUUCAAGAAAACAAUGAAGAUCUGCUCUAUUGUGAGUUAUCUUAUAUGACUGAAUUGAAAGCAAUGGUGCAAAAAUCAGCUGAUUCUGUAACCAAAAAUGAAAAAGUUGUCAUAUCAGCCAAUCUGUGAGAGUGCAGCUUUAAACUCUGUAGCUCAUAUUCGUUAUAUAUGUUUUUUUCCAUAGAUCAUGGCAGGCUAUGACUUUGUUUCAUUCUGUUAUAUUUUGUACAUUUGUUAGGUUAACUACGUAAUGUAGCCCACAGUGUCCUCCCAGGGAUUGUAUUCACAAUGCAUUGCUUGGACUGGUGUUUAAUAAGUUAUCAUUUGUUGCGGUCUCAAUGUGACAUUUUUCAGUUUUAAUAUUUCUUUUCACUGAUAUAUUAAGUUGAAUAUAUUACUCAACCAAUCAAUUGUAUAAUACUAGUUAAUUCUUUGGUUUGGUAAAAGUCAUUCGGAACACCUUGGCCAUUUUCGAUCGAAAACAACCUCCAUUGAAUGCUGGUACAUCAGUAGAAAUAGUUUGUAAAAAUUAAAUAUUAAAUAUUAAUUUCUGUAGUGUUUAAAUGUGAAUUUUGUAUUAAUAAUGUCAAAUUAAUUGCCACUGAAGUCUAUUGUUGCAUAAAUAAUUAAGAUUCACAAAAAUAAAGUCGUGAGGUUCAACUGCUGUAUUGAAAUUCUACGAUCUACUUGCAGCGUAGUUUAGUGUAAAAAGUUCUGACAUUGUAAACUGUACAUAUACAUCUGAGGUUGUUGUCGAUUAAGAAUGGCUGAGGUGUUCCCAUUGGGUUAAAGCCAGCCAAAAAAUUGUUUGAUUGGUUAAUAUUUUACAGCAAUUUUUAUUAACCAAUGAAAUCAUUGAAGGUGCCAUCUAGCCGUAAGAUUACCAUUGACAACUUUAUCUUGUUUUAUACAUCUGGCUGUUGAAGUUUUCUUGUUAUAUUAAGAUUGUUACUUUUAUAAUUCGGAAACUCACUAACAAAAUGUAGAAAAUUUGGUGUUUACAAUGGAGGAAAUUUUUCGACUUUAAAGAAUAUUAAAUGGAUAAAUCUCUUAACUCAAAGAUGCUUCGUGGAUACAAGCCCUGGUUUAACUCGGCAUGAAACCAGUGCCCAUAGAAAUGUACCAAAUUGUGCAGCAAUAGUUUUUUUCAGUUUUCAUGACUUUUAUAUACUCAUCAUGUACAUAGUGCUCUCAUGAAGUAAUUAGGCGUCACAUUGUGUGAACAAGGAAAUAUUUGUUGCCUUUUUUGUUACUUGAAAAGAAAAAAAUAUUUCACAAUUAUAUUGCUAUUUUUUUUGUAGAUCAUUUGCAUUGUUUAAUUUCUCAUGGUUUUAGUGUGACUUCCUUAUUAAUCGCUUCCUACGUCGGCAGUCAGUAAAGCCAGUAUUAAGUCCUGGGCUCUUAAGAAAAGAUUAUUCAUAUCAAUGAUAUUGAUCACAAAUCGUUAUAAUAGAUGUAUGUCACAAAAGUGGUGCCCAAUCAACAUUUUUCAUAAUGAUGACGGUGAAUGAAACAUUUCUGUCAUAAGAAUUGUUUGUUGUAUCAACAAUCCUCAUUUCAAAUGUUUUUGCAGCUAUGGGUAUUGAAAUAUAGUCAGUUUUCAUUUCUAUCACCCCAUUUGACCAUUAAUUUAUGAUCGGUUUCAGGUAUAUUUAUACAAGAACUUCCAUAUCUCCUGCCAAAAUGUCAGAAUGCCGUAAUCAGCACUGUUUGUCUACAUUUCUUCAACACUACAAUUACUAUGUGAUAAUUGACUGACAAAUUUUCCUUUUUGAACAGAUAUGAAGUUCACAAGUUUUCGAAAGUUUUGGUACAGCUUGUAUCUUCAAUUAAAAUACUAGAAAUUCAGUGGCACUAGAAACAGCACUAUCUUGGAUUGCACAAUUUUAUAUAAAUAUUGACUGCCUUGAGGGUGCCAGUGCACAUUGUCAAUCUUCGGAAGUGUUCUUAUACACCUUCGGGACUGACUGGCCUGUCCUUAUGAAUUAUAAUGUCAUAUGACCCUCAGUGGUGUGUAAUAUUUCUUAUUUAGAUACAGUGAGCAGAUAAAAUGUUAACCACCUUCACCCUCGCUUUCCUCUGCACAAAAUAAGACUGCUUGUCAAUUAUCACAUAGUGGAGAGUACUGAAGCACUGUAACGGAGUUCAGAUGGCAUAAUUGAUGAUGUUAACAAACACCAUCUCAUUUCCAAAGUUUGUAUUGAUUUUUCUUUGUGAUGGCACCUGUUGAAGUGUUUUGAAGGAUUAGCGCAAAAGAGUUCUAAAUGAUGUUGAAUAUAGCGGCAUUUAUAACAUUUUUGCUUUCACUCUGACACAAUGAUAAUUUUUUAUCCUCAUUACCUAGAAAACUGCAAUAUUGUAGAUUACAUUUUUUCCUGGUUGAUUUUCGUGCUCCCAUACAUACAUGUUGACCAAUACUUUGAUUAAGAUAAUAUUGAAGCUGCGCUCUCACAGAUUGAACGUUUUGACAACAUUUUUAUUUUUUGUGUUGGAACGAGACAAUUUUUGCGAAAAUCCAUAGAAACCAGUUAUAUAAGACUGCUGACAAAAAAUAAAUUCCAGAUUUUUAUAUUUAAGUUCAAAAAAUGAUGUUUUAUGCAUUUUUCUUAAACCGUCAGUAAAAUGGUUUAAGCCAUUAAACAUUAAUUUUUGAACGGAAAUAUAAAAAUCUACGAUCUGGUUUUUUGUCAUCGAUCUUAAAUCAUUGGUUUGCAGAAAUUUAUGCAAUAAUUUGCCUUUUCCAAGACAAAAAAUAAAAAAGUUGUAAAAAUGUUAUAUAGGUGGGAGUGCAGCUUUAAGUUUAUUAUAAGAGUUUGAAUACAAAAUAGUCAGAAUAUACCAUCAUUAACAUGCCUCAUUAUGAAUUUGUAACUUAUCACUGAACAAGGGAUUUUAAUUUAUAGGCUUGGCUUACUGUAAACAGACAUUUACACUGUCCUCUUAAUUUUAAUAAUGAAACACACAGCUACAUAUACCUAAAAUAAAACGAGAAGGCAAAAACUAUUUGCAUAAUUGUGUCCAGGGUAAUUAGUUUAUUUCAAAUAAGUAUAAGAGUUUUAAUUAUUGAUUUUUUUUGUAGAAGAAAGAGCUAACAAUUUAUAUAUAAUUUUUUAUUAUAAAAUGCUUAAACAUCUUUGAUAAAAAGUAUUGAGCUUGGCCUAAAUCAAUAAAUAAAAUAGGUUUUUUGGCUGUAAGCAGCCUACUCACAGGAAUAUCUUGGACCGAAAAGCUCUUUAAUGCCCAGUGGGCAUAUAUUAUAUUAAAAAAAAUAUCCUUACGGAAUUCCAGGUGUCGAAAAAGGAAAAUUUUGGCCAAACAUUUUUUAUAUUUCUGUGACCUUGUGUCUUUUUGCAUUUGCAAUUUUGAAACACAAUUACUUGGAUUAAUUAAGAAUUCGUGCAAUACCUGAUAGUCUCUGUUCACUACAUGUUGUCACUUUAAUGUUUUGAACUUUAUUGAUUUGUUUAAUUCAUAUAAUUAUUCACUGACCCAAGGCUAUGCUGCACCUUAAUAGUUGAACAGGUGUCGGCCUCUCACCCAAGAGGUUGUGGGUUCGAUCUCCACCAGAGGUACUUUCUCAUUGUCUCUCAAAGAGGACACUGUUCAGGUUUCAGCCCAGGAUAAGGACCACAUAAGCUAUCGGCUUUCAUUGCAAUCAAGCUAAAAUAAAUUGGUAAAGGAUUAAACUCUUACCAAAAAUAUUUAUUCAUGAUUGACAUAAUAACUAAAACACAUUGAAUCAUAUCUCAUUUUGAGGAGCUCUGAGACUUGUAAAUUACGUUUAGGAUAAUCAUUAUAAACUAUUGUUUAAUUUGUAAAAUGAAUUUCAGCAAGUCAUUAGGCUAAAUAGAAUAAGAGACCUAUGCUUCUUAUGCUUAAGAUAUUUAGAGAGAAUGGGGCCCCGUCUGUCAGUAAUAGAGUUGAGAUGUACUUAUUCAUGCUUCGGGGGUAUUUAGGAAAUAAUUUCAUGUGUAACAGUUUAUCAUUGUUCAAUUGUGUAGAUUAUAUUAACUCAGGUAUUGUAAAUAACUGUCCAUGUAAUAUUUUCUUACAUUAGGGUAUAAAACUUUAAAAAAAAAUUCAUAAGGUUUUAGAUUUACAAAUGGUGACAUGUUGAUUUUUAUGAUUAAAUCUUCCAAGACAAUGUUUGUCUGUUAGUGUAAAGUUAGCACUUGAAUAAUUGAUAUUUUUCGUUGUUAUGUUCAGUAGAAAAUAUUGGCCUGAAAUAAAAACUUAAUGAGCAUUUUUAAUUAAGAUUCAGCACAUUUUUUUCUGUAUACAGAUUUUGGAUUUUCUUCAUUGCAACUGAAGAAUAUGUGCUUGAAGCCGAGUUUAUUAUUAAACUAUGUUUGAAUGUUUACGAGCGAGCUAGCGCUGUUAGAUACGAUCAUGUGAUACACAUAUUGUGUUAUGUUAGACUAGCUGAUUUAAGGAGUUCCAUCCAUCAUAAUUUUGUUAGUUCAUAUUUGUAUCCCUCAUUUUGCAAAUAAAUCUAGUACAUGUAUACUUAGGAAUAAUUGACUUUCCAUUUUGGCUUUUGAUUACAACAUCCUUUGAAAUUUCAGUUGUUAUUUUUAAAAAAAAACCUAUUGAAUGAUAAACUAGAAGUUACAUGAACAAUCCUGACCUGUACGGUGAUUUAUGGGUGUUUUAGUACCUUUUUUAUAUUUUUAUGACUCGUGAAACGUUCACUGCUUUUUGGAUGAAAAUUAAUAAGAAAAUGAGUGGUGGAAUGCCUUAAAUCAUCGUUGUCAUUAUUUUUACUUGAUAAGUGCUAAGUAAUCUUGCUACUAGGUAGCAUGUUUUUCUCUGAUUUUGUUACGUUUUUGCCAUAGAUUGAAAUAUCAUUGAAUUGUGAAAUACAUUGUGCAUGUACUUGAGUCUAGUUCCAGAUGGCAUAUUACCAAAUUAACCUAACUUUUGGCUGUAUUUUCUUGUGGUGUAUAUUUUCUAUUCCUUGUUGUAGAUUUACACACAAACGUCUGUUUCUCAAAUAAUUAUUGUUAUAUAAAUCUUUAGUCUGUUCUGUUAUUUAGCACAUGUUAUUUUUUGUUUAUUAUUUGAAUUAUGAGAAGGUUGUUAUGAACUAGAAUGUUGUUUAAGUAGGUAAGGGCAUUUUUAUAUGAAGUGAGGCUAAAAAAGAUGUGUAGAGAUUUAGAGAGAUGUGUAGAGAGUUAGAGAGAUGUGUAGAGAUUUAGAGAGAUGUGUAGAGAGUUAGAGAGAUGUGGAGAGAUUUUGAGAGGUGUGGAGAGAUUAAGAGAGAUGUAUAGUUAUUUUGAGAGAUUUAGAGAGAGAUGUAUAGUGAUUUUGAGAGAUAUGGAGAGAUUUAGAGAGAUGUGAAGAUUAAGAGAGAUGUGUAGCGAUUUAGAGAGAUGAGUAAAGAGGUGUGUAGAGAUGUGUGGCUUUGAUUGAUGCUACUGUAGUCUGGAUGUAAAUUAGGCGAUUAGGUAAUCUGGGGCAUUUAGUUAUGGAAUCUAUUGAUAUUCUGGUUGGAAAAUAGAUGGAAAGGGGAAUUUAAUUAUGGAUGGAAAGGGGAAUUGAAUUAUGGAUGUAAAGGGGAAUUGAAUUAUGGAUGGAAACUUGGAAAGGGGAAUUGAAUUAUGAAUGGAAAGGGGAAUUGAAUUAUGGAUGGAAAAUAGGGAAGUAAAAUUAUGAGUGCAAACUGGGGUUUGAAAUACUGGCCCUUAUUUCUCAAAACCUCUUAUGGAACCCUUAUGAAGGGAUUAAGCUCAGCUCAUUAUUUUUGUUUUUUCAAUAACUAGGGUAAUAUUUACUUGUACAAGAGUUUUUAUACUUUAGUUAGGAAUUAUCUCUAUGACAAUCAGAAUAAACCUUUUUUUCAUUUAUCAAAACUCACCUUAAGUAUGUAUUUAAGCUAGUUAAAAUAAGCUACUUAAGCCUGUUAAGCUUAAGAAGUUUCGAGAAAUUGGGGCCAGAUGUAAACAAGGGGGAUUGAAUCAAAGUCUGAUUGGAUGGAAAAUUGGGAGGAUUAUGGAUAGUGAGGAAAAUAGAAUGAUUGAAUAUGGAUGGAAAUUAUGGGAAUUGAAUUAUGGAUGAAAAAAAGUUGGAAUCAAAUUAUAGACAAAAAAUAGUAGAUUCAAUUUAUAAAUUGAAACUAAAAUGGAUUACAUUGCAUAUUCAAACAAACCAUUUUAGUUCUUAAAAGAAAGGAUAUUGAUAUUCACGUAUAGUCCAAAGUGUUAGCAUUUUUUAUUCAUUGUAUUUUUGAAAAAUUAAACUUUCUCCUACAGUUGUAGUCAAGAUCAAACUGAUAUUGUAAAGGCUUGAUAAAAAUGAAAUGUCUGGUUACUGAAUAAGAUGCAUCCGAGAUAUCUGAAAUGUUUCCCCUCGUGUGAAUUUCUGUCAAAGAAUAGAGCAUUUUUGGUGCCAAUAUACUACUAGUUGCUCGCAUUUUAGAAUAGCCCGUGUGUACUCCAUUUGUGUAUUGCUGGCUCAUAUAAUAGUUGGUUGAAUGUUAAAUAAGAUGUUCAAAAUAUUCGCUGCUGGUAUGCAAGUAAAUUUUUCAAUGAUAAUAAUAUGUAGUCAAUAUAUUGCCAUGGAAUUAACCAAACUCUUUCAGGUAAUCUGUAAAGUCCAAAUGCAUUCUCUCUUUUUUUGCCUUGUCUGGUGUUUUCUCAUCUGUUUUACAAAAGAAACCAUUGAAGACAAUCACAUUGAACUUGGUACACAUGUCGUCAAUAACAAUAAGCACAUGUGUAUUAAGUCCCAUAAUUCUUGCUUCAAUCUUUGUUGAGUUAUGUCCCUUUUAUACAGGAAAAAACAACACAUACUAGCAUUGGUGUUCACUCCACAGCACUCUUGUUAAUCAGUGUUAUAUUGUAUGGCCAAAGUCAAAAUUGCUCAUCCCUAAUGAACUCUAAAACAGAAACUGAAAUAAUGAAUGGAUUAUAUUAUAGUUUGAGAUAUUGUCCUUUUGUAAAUCAUUGAUUAUUGUGUGUUUAGUUUUACGAAAAUGCAGGACUUGUUUUAAUCAUGUAUCACCCAUGAGCAAAACAGAAGUUGUUCAUUAAUUUUGUAAAUUGUUGUUAAUAUGAAAUCAUGAGAAGUGUGUUCUAUAACCUUGGGCAAACUGUUGAUUGUUGACAUACCCUGCUCGAGAUGUGAUUUGAUUGUACAGUAAACUUUGUUUGAAACUUAGCUAUAGUAGUUUUCUAGGUAAUUUGGAUAUUUGUGAUGACAUUUAAAUGGUAUUUGAACAAAUGAAUGUGUGAAAAAAUAAUAAAAUCACUGAGAUGUUUU